AUGUUCAACGCACCCCGCCCCGUCCAGGCGUACGGGGGCUCGUCGCAAUUGGCGCGAGCUUUUUCGGUCUACGAUGACGGCCUCGACCCCUGGAGUACGAUCCAAGUCCAGCCCCGCCCGCCAUACCGUCCUUUCCAACGCAAUGCGUCUGUACCUUCGAUAUACACACAAGCAUUCGCCUCGGUGGAUUCUAUGGGUUCUGGGGAGACGUCUGUGAAUGCUCUAUCUAGGGUUCUCGGCACGUCGUCCUUGCCUGCAUCCACUAUUGACAAGAUCGUUAGUCUUGUUAGCUCACGUCCCAAGGUGUCGCGUUUGGAGUUCUUUGUAGCCCUUGCACUGGCUGCCCUCGCACAAAGUGGCAAAGAUUUGAGCAUUGAGCGAGUUGCCGCUCUGGCGCAAGAGAAUGCCCUCCCUCCGCCGAUGUUGGAUCUCGGCGCCCUCCCUCCCUCGAACUCUUCCUUCCAAGACAUUAUGCAGAUGCCCCCAGCACCGCCCGCCCGAGGAUACACUGACGACCCGUGGAAUUCGCGGUUCACAACCUCCGCUGGCGCGCCCUCCAAGACACCUGGUUUUGGCAGUAUCAGCAAUGGGGUCACGUCCAGUAUUUCUGGCACAGGUAUGCCGCGGGAGUGGUGGAAAAGGCAGGAGACUGUGACUGUGAAUGUGCUGGGUCAGCAAGGAUUCCUUUUGAAUCGCUACCUCGUUUAUGAGGUUUCCAGUGAUCGUGGGACCCCGGUCCCGCGACGAUACUCAGAAUUUGUGUUUCUGUGGGACGUCCUUGUCAAGCGUUAUCCUUUCCGGCUCAUUCCUGCUCUCCCACCCAAACGUAUAGGACCCGACGAGGGUUUCUUGGAGCAGCGAAGACGCGGUUUGGCCAGGUCUCUAAACUUUGUGGUGAACCACCCAAUCAUCAAGGACGACGCUGUACUCCAGUCGUUUCUUACGGAGCCAUCGCUUGAAGAGUGGCGGAAGCACGCAUCAAUAUCUUACGACGAGGAGUCAGUGACCAAGCGUGUUGAUCGUGUGGAAGAAAUGGCUAUUCCAAGCGACCUGGAAGACAAGUUGGCCGUUGUUCGAGGCAAGAUCGGCUUCCUCAUAGAACACUGGCAACGUAUCUGCCUGCACACGGAGCGUAUCGUUAAGCGCAGGGAGGCUGCAGCGGUACGGCUUACUCCUGUCAUUCGGCCAAGCUUCCUGCCGGCUCACUUGCCCUUGUCCAUACCUGUACUGGCCGCCCUGGCGUCCGGGUCGUCUUCAUCCUCAUCUGCCCCUUCCUCCGCUUCUGGUUCCGUUGAACGUGACGCUGACUCGUCCGUCGCUUCCAUCCUCUCCGGCAUUACCACCUCGUCGCGGCCCCACACUGUUGGCGGUCAGGCUGACCUGACACGGUUGACCAACACGGUAAAGAGUUUGGUGGAGGUGAACGAGCGAUGCUGGCGUGGAGAGGAUUGCGAACUUUGCGCUGGGAUCAGGCAUGGCCUUGGACAGGUCUCACAACACACGCAACGGCAAGCAGAUGCAUUGGAGCAUCGUGCCCAACGUGAUCUAUACAUUGCGAUGAGAGACCUCUUCAUUCGGCACGAUCGCUUCUCAGGUGAUCAAGUAGAACGCCUACGCAAACGGGUGGACACCAACUCCCAUCGGCUUGAAGGCAUCCGGGCAACCAAGAAGGAAGGCUGGGAGCAGGAAGCUGACAAGUUUGCGGGGAUGAUCGAGAAGGAUCAAGCGGCGAUUGCGGCUGCGUUGAAUCGUCGCGUUUUUGUACGUGCAUGCAUGUGGCACGAGCUGCGCGUUGUUUUGCACAACCGCGAGAAUGCGCUCCUUACCAAGGCCGUACAAUCAUUUGCACGCGAGGAGCACGAAUUCUCCGAGCUGUCCGUCAACAAUUGGUCUUCCCUGCUAGGAGCGGUCGAGGGGAUGCCCUUCGAAUGA